CUCCUCUUCUCCUCCUCCUCUCUCCUCUUCUCCUCUCCCCAGUGCCACUGAGUGAGGAUCCGCUGCCGCAGCUUUUUCGGUCCCGGGAACCAUGGCUUCUGGAGUAACUGUGAAUGAUGAAGUAAUCAAAGUUUUUAAUGAUAUGAAAGUAAGGAAAUCUUCUACACAAGAGGAGAUCAAAAAAAGAAAGAAAGCUGUUCUCUUCUGUUUAAGUGAUGACAAAAAACAAAUAAUUGUAGAGGAAGCAAAGCAGAUCUUGGUGGGUGACAUUGGUGAUACAGUAGAGGACCCCUACACAUCUUUUGUGAAGUUGCUACCUCUGAAUGAUUGCCGAUAUGCUUUGUAUGAUGCCACAUACGAGACAAAAGAGUCUAAGAAAGAAGACCUAGUAUUUAUAUUCUGGGCUCCUGAAUGUGCACCUUUAAAAAGCAAGAUGAUUUAUGCUAGUUCUAAAGAUGCCAUUAAAAAGAAAUUUACAGGUAUUAAACACGAGUGGCAAGUAAAUGGCUUGGAUGAUAUUAAGGAUCGUUCAACGCUUGGAGAGAAAUUGGGAGGCAAUGUAGUAGUUUCACUUGAAGGAAGACCUUUAUAAAAUGACAGUGAAGUGCCAUCCGGAAAUAGCUUCCAUUUCUGCAGCUCCAUCAUUUGGAAUAGUGUUAGGUUUUUGCCCCCUACCAGACCUUCCCAGAAAACAUAAAGAAGAUGUCAUUAAUUUAAGCAGCCUACCAGUGAUUGCCAUUAGACUGUUUCAUCCUGGUAGUUUUAUGUAGAACCCAAGGAAUGCCUUCACAUCACAUUUUAGCCAAAACAAAUUGGCAUUAUAUGCAUCCCUUGCAGAGAACUAAGAUGAAAAUGAUAAUAUGAAUAGCUUAGAAACUGCAAAGGGUUAGCUAAUUGAAUGCCUUGAAAGUAUGAUCCACUGGUCAGAUGCUAAACUUCAUUUCAGUAUUACUUAGAGUUGCACUUGAUUGCAGUUCCUCAAGUUCUUGUGCUUUGUACACCUAACCUGCCUUUAACACCUAUUAUGACAUGGCAGCAUAUAUAUGCAUAUAUAUAUAUAUAUAUACACAUACAUAUAUGUAUAUGUGUAACUAUGCAUUGAAAGCACUUUUAUAAGUUUGUUCCCCUCAAAAAGGAAUGCCAAUUAAGUUGUCAUAACUGUCAUCAAAUUAUUGUAGUACCUCAGUGUUCAUUCCUGUUAUCUACAUAUCUUCCUAAAUGAAGUAGUUAAUGCCUUUUUAUUUUCCAUUGAAUGUACACUACAGAACAGGAGUAGGAGUUAAGUGUUUACCAUGUGAGUCUUGCAGCUCUAAAGAUAUUUUGAAUAAUGUAGUUAUAAUGGCAAUUUCUGUAUGAAAAAGAGCCUUAAAUGGAACAUUGUUUUUGAGAUCAAACUCCCCACCCCCACAAAAUUGGCCACGUUGCAAUAAAACUUGUGGCUUAUUACAGAACGUUGCCUUGUUUUCCUUGGAAAUAUAGUUAAGUAUGCUUCAACUAAGCAUAUUUUGAAAAAUGCUACAUGCAAAGUAUUGUGAAGGUAAACAGUUGUUAAUUUUAGCACUUUCAAUUUCAGAUUCUGUAUAGAUGUCAUGGUUUUCAUGACAACUAUGUAGGUUUUGGUUUGAUUGGAAAUUGUUUUUAGCAUAUAGCUACAAAAUUAACAUACCUCUGUUAUGCAGCAAUAAUUUUAUGAUGCUUAUUUUAAAUUUGAAAAUCAGAAAUUACUUUUUCACUUUUACAUGAAUUCUUUGAUUUUUGAUAAAAUACAGCAGCUACAUGUUUCAUAUAUUCACAUUUCAAAACAGUUGUAAAGUAAUAGUAAGUCUUUGUUGUACUAGACAAAGCUUAUGGAACAGUGUUUCUCCAAAGAGUGUAGUGAUACUCUUUAGAUACAGGGAUUCUUUAACAAAUUCAUUAAAUUCUGCAAAAUAAAUGGAAAAGAUUUUGAUACUCAAAGUUUUAACAUUAGGAGAAUGGGAUUUGGUAGAGUUUCAAAGGCUACUCUUUAUAGAGAAUUUGAUCUGCCCUGUGUGAGCAGUUCACUGUUAGUCAGAGCUAUUUAUGGCAAACACAUGCUUUUGUAUCUUGUCAUAGUUAUUCACAAAUGGCAAAACUGGACAUGAUUCUACUGGUAUGCAAAAAGUUAUGCUAAUUGUGGGUUGAAACAUAGCUAUAAAGAAUACUUUUUCUGAGGAAGAGUAAAAAAUACAAACAUUUUUAUUAUAAAUAUGUAUAAACUCUAAUGAUGUUUGAAUUCCAUAUUUUGGAAUUUUUUUUCAGAAGGAAACUAUAAGUUAAUUCUCAGACAAGAAGACAUCAAUUUUAAAUUGUAUGAAUGACUUGGGAUCUUUUGUACAGAGAUUUUAUUUCAGGCUUCCAGCUGUUCCUGUGAAUUUCCCUGGUCAUUUUUAAUGCAUUUUUGCCAAGUCCAAACUUUCCUAAGCAAAGCCUUUGAAUACUGAUAUGCUUAAAUCAUAUAUUAUUACAAUGAAGUUUUUCUUUCAACUGUUGGCCCUUUCUGCUUUGAAAUAAGAGACAAAUUAUUUUUGUAGCAAUAUUUAACUUCACGUCUGGUUCUUAAAAUUGACCUAUAGCACUUGGAUUAUUGUAAGGAAUUGAUCAUUUCAGUUUAUUUUGCUUUUUGCUGUUACAUGAUUGCUUUGUUACAAACCAAGAAAACUGACAUGUUUAAAACAGUAAUUUUAAACUCAUUUCACUCAUGAAAUGUCUUUGUACAUGAUAUGUGAUAUAAGCAAGUAAAAUGUGCUUAUGUAAGGUUCAGAGUAUUAAAAAUACCUUAAACAGCUAACAGGUCAAAGAAGCAUAGUCUCUUUAAUCUCUUUUGAGGGAUUAGUGUGAAAUCUGAGUUAGAACAGAUAUUUUAUUUUUGAAAAAGUGAUUGUUGUAGAAGUUGUUUGAUAAAUUGAUAAGUUCAUAAAUGAACUGGAAUAGAAGACUGCAGGCCAUCUAGACCAAACCUCUAAUUUUAUAAUUGAGAAAAUUGAGUCCUAGGGAAGUUGUGACUUGUCCAAGGUCACACAGGUGGUAUCUGAUGUAGGAUUUGAAUCUUAUCCUCUUAGACUCCCCCAAACCAAUGCUUUUUCUACUGUACCAUGCUCUCAGCAUUAUCAAGCAAAUACAACUUGGCACUUGUCCCAAA